UAUAUUCUGUAUGUACAUAUAAAUUAUACAUUUCCGAAGUACGAGGUACGACCGCUAAAUAGAACCUAAAUUACUAUGACGGCUUUGCGGUGCGCCACCCGAUACCGUCCGUUGCACGUUGGAGGUUAGGUCCUCAGAUCGGACUGAGAAACGUUCGGCCUCGCGCGAGUGCAUCCGUUUGUCAGCCGGAGGUUCGACUGCAUGGAGAUUUCGCGGUACCCGAAUAUUCUCUGAAACAUGGAUUCGCCGCCGAACCUGGAGACCGUUUAUCAAGCCGUGUUUUCUUUAUAUAACAAUACAAAUCCGGCCGAACCAGGAAAAGCGUCAUUAUGGCUGGGAGAAUUGCAAAAAUCGGUAUUUGCAUGGAAAAUAGCUGAUGAAAUGUUACAUGAAAAACGAAAUAUAGAAUCCUGUUAUUUUGCUGCACAAACAAUGCGUACCAAAAUUCAGCUCUCCUUCCACGAGUUACCCCAAGAAGCUCAUACUUCAUUGCGAGAUUCCCUAAUGGAACAUAUAUCGCAAAUCAAUGAACAUACUAAUUCUGCCAUUGUUACUCAGUUAUGCCUAGCUCUAGCAGAUCUGGCCUUACAAAUGUCCUCCUGGCAGAAACCAGUGGUAGAUUUAAUUAAUAGAUUUGGAGGAAACACUGCAAACCUUUGGCCAUUACUUGAAAUAAUGACGGUACUUCCGGAAGAAGUAAAUUCAAGGUCACUUAGGUUGGGAGCUAAUCAUCGACAACAUAUAUUACAUGAACUCAGUGCGAAUGCAGAUACUGUGACAGAGUUUCUGAAAAUGUGCCUAAAAAACAGCAGUGAUAAUUUACAAAUCCAAGUGACUAUUUUGCGAUGUUUUACCAGCUGGAUAACCGUUCAUGCAAUACCACUUAAAGCCGUACCGUCGAGUGAGGUAGUCGUUUAUGCCUUGCAAAUACUCAGCAAUCAUAUGGCUGUUUCGCAACUUCACGAAACGGCUACUGACUGCAUCUGUGUAAUUUUGCAAGCGUUAGGGGAAGAUAGCAAUACCAAUCGUGGUAGUGACAACGAAACAAACGUACAAUUGCAACAAUUGCAAUUGUGCCUUUUUACAAGUGUAAUGAAUUUAGAACAACCAUAUCACUUAUCUGUUGCGCACGAGGACAUGGAAAAAUCUAUAAAUUACUGUCGAAUAUUCACGGAACUAGCAGAGACAUUUCUAGAAACUAUGGUGACAGGUAGCGAAGAUGGAAAGCAGCAUUAUGCUAUAAAAAUUUUGGACCUUGUUCUCACAUGUGUUGGUCAUCAUGAUUAUGAGGUUGCACAAAUAACUUUUAACCUGUGGUAUCGGUUAUCAGAAGUCCUUUAUCAGAAAAAUAGUGACGAUCUUAAUACCGUAUUUCGACCUCAUAUCGAGAGACUGAUCGGUGCCCUCUGUAGACAUUGCCAAAUGGAACCAGAUCACUUGGGUCUCGUGGAAGAAGGCGGUGGAGGUGAAGAGUUUGCAGACUUCCGAGGUCGCGUAUCGGAUUUGAUAAAAGAUGUAGUGUUUGUAGUUGGAAGUAGCCAUUGUUUCCGACAAAUGUUUUCAUCGCUCACCGGAGGACCUGGCCCGCAGGGUCAACCUGUACACACACCUACCUGGGACUCGACCGAAGCUGCGCUUUUUAUAAUGCAGGCGGUGGCAAAAAAUAUUUUACCAGAAGAAAAUGACGUGGUUCCAAAAGUAGUGGAAGCUAUUCUUAAUUUACCAGAAAAUACUCAUAUAGCCGUGCGCUAUACAAGUAUUCUUCUCCUAGGCGAACUAUGUGAAUGGAUAGAUAGGCAUCCGCAAUCAUUAGAACCAGUUUUAAAUUUUCUCUUAGACUGUUUAAAUCAAAAAGGUUUAGGAAGUGCUGCUUCGGGCGCAUUAUUAAGUAUAUGUACAGCUUGCCCGUUGCACAUGACAACGCAUUUCUCUGGACUUUUGCAAAUAGCACGUUCUCUUGACAAUUUUGCUAUCAGUAAUGACGCAGCUAUUGGCCUACUAAAAGGAGUAUCGAUAAUUUUGGCGAGGUUACCACCCGAGGGAAUUACUCCGGCAAUAAGAGAACUGUGCUGCUUUCAAGCUAGUUCUCUAUGGACGCUUUUGGUGGAUAGAGUCGGAGAAGAGCAAAUCGAGAGAGGAACAAAGACUGAUCCUGUGAUAUGGCUGGAUAGAUUAGCCGCUAUAUUUAAACAUACUAAUCCUCAAAUCGAUGACCCUAAUAAACCUCAUCCUUGUCAAAGUGUGGUUACUGAAAUGUGGCCUGUAUUGUCAAAUGUAUGUGAAAUAUAUCAACGAGAUGUGAGAGUAAUGGAGAGAUGUUGCCGUUGUAUACGUUUCGCAGUGCGCUGUGUGGGCAAACAUGCUGCCCAUUUGCUCGAGCCAAUUGUAAAACAGAUUGUACCAUUGUACACGGUACAUAAACAUAGUUGUUUCUUGUAUCUUGGCUCUAUAUUGGUGGACGAGUACGCAACCGAUUCGGAAUGUGUAUGGAAUCUGUUAAAUAUGUUACAAGCUUUCAUCUGCCCUACUUUUGCCCUUCUGGAACAAGAAGACGGUUUGAAAAAUCACCCCGAUACUGUAGAUGAUCUGUUUAGGCUGUGUGCUAGGUUUCUUCAAAGGGCUCCUAUUCCUUUAUUACAUUCUCCUGCUAUUGGGAGCGUUGUAGAUUGUGCUAUAAUGGCUUGCAGUUUGGAUCACAGAGACGCUAAUAGUUCAGUAAUGAAAUUCUUCUAUGAUCUUUUACAUAGCGGCCGCACUUAUAAGGAUCGAUCAGACUUCACGAUACGACGACAAUUAGUACAAAAUAUAUUGCAAGAAAAAGGCCAAACAUUAGUUAUAAAAUUGCUACAUGCAUCAGUGUUUGAUUUGUCUUCUUACAUGCAAUCCGAUGUAGCAGAUGUCAUUAUAGAACUUACCCGAAAUGAUGCAGACCUCAUGUCAAAAUGGCUGGAAGAAGCAAUUAAAACAAUGCCGUCGCAAAACGCAGGUGGAGCUCCUACAGCAACACCCGAUCAAUUACUUGAAUUUCAUAGUACAGUCACGAGGUCAGAAACACCGAAAACGGUUACAAAUGCUCUACGAAAUUUUGCGCGCCUGUAUCGCUAAUGCAUUUUAAUGUAUAUACUUUAUUAAAUUCCUCAAAAAUUAUUCAUAAGAUAAUUCUUCCAGCGAGUUUCGAUUUUGAUAUCUCAAAACAACAAAAUUUGCUAUGAUGAGUUUCAAUACUGUACAAAUAUAUUAGCAAAAGGUAUCAAGAUUUUUUUUUAUAUUCUUACUAUCUAUAGCUAUGUUUGCAUUUUAAAUACAUAUAUGUAUAUAUUUGUAUUUCGAUAAAAAUGUCUUUUAUAAAUUGUAUUACAAAAAAUUUUGUUUGUGAAUAUUUAUUUUUAAUAGUUUUUUUUAAUAAUUGUUAUUAGAAACGCAACGUAUUAGAAACGCAUCUAUAUAUUAGUAUUUAUUACUAUUAUAGAUAAAUAUAUAAAAGGUUAUGCAUAUAUUAGAAAAUAUUUUGUUGUUUUAAUAUAUUAAUAAACUUGGAAGAAUUUUAACUAGAAUAUAGAAAUUAAAUAUUCUUUGCAGACAUACUAUAAAUAGUAAAUUUAUAGAAUCUCUUAACAUGAUAUAUAUGUAUAUGUGUUAAAGAUUUUAUUUAUAAAUCAAUUAGAUUAUAUUGAAUUUACCAUAUUUACGCGCGUGCACGCGCAUAAAUGUAGAUGAUUAAAAAAAAAUGCAUCGAGUAUCUGAGUACUAAUCUACUCAAUAUAAAAAAAACAUUUCCAAAAUAUGAAUGUAAUUAAUGACAUUUUUUAAAUUCAUAACACAUGAAGAACGCUUAAGAACUUUUAAUUUGACUUUUGUAAAUACACUAAUAUCCAAUAUGUAUAACAAAUAAUAUAAAAAUUGAAUAUUGAUAAAUCGUAAAACUUUAAUUAAAAAAGGAAAUUUCUCAAGUGCAAAAGUGAGUCAUAUCGAAUCUACUAUUAUUUUUUAAUUUAACGUUUUGAAACAUUAUUAAGCGUCUAUUUUUAAAUUGAACAAUAAUUACAUUUUUUAUUCAGUUUUAUAAAGCUAGCUAAUUUCCGACUUGUAUAUUGUGGUAUCAUAGCAAAGGAAAUUUUCUUACAAUUGUAUCAACAAUUAUUAUAUAUGAAUAUAAUAAUUGCAUUGCAUUAAAGAAAUUUUAGAAAUUUGUACAAGUUUUUCCAUGUUUACAUACAUAAAAUAUACUCUAGUAGGUAUACAUAUUUCAAGUAUAUUCUACAUAACGGAUACAAGUAGCGAAAACUGCUGUUGCUGUGUUACUGCAAUAAGUACGAAAGAUAAUAAUUAUACAAUUAUCUUUAUUAAUAAAAAUAAUUGUUAUUGUCUAGCUUGAUGCUGAAUCUAAUGUCUAAGUGUACAGAUAUACAGUUAUAAGAUAUCGCUUUUUCCUCAUGGAGCAUUAAUGUACAGAACGAAAUGCGAUUAAAGAUAAGGAACGAUAGGAAGCGAGGAUUUCUAUUAUACCGCACAUACGAUAUAACGCAUCGAUGUCGAAGCUCAUUCAACCUCGGUACUCCCCCGCGAGUACUGUUUGAUGUAGCAUUUACACCGAGCGCUAAUCUUUCUGUUUCACGGUAAACGACGAAAUUUCGAAUAAAGUGAUAUUUUUUACCGAAA